AAACCAGAAAACAAUUCCGACAAGUAUUAUAAACAAUUGCAUUGUUAAGGAAUCAUCAGGUUACUUUAGCUACAUGAUUUACAACACAUAUUUGACAUAUGUUCUAACAUUUCGGAAAGGAAAAAUGAGGCUUUAACAGCAUUUAGUAGAUACAAGGCUAUAUUGUCUCAUUACCUAGUUCACCUAUCUAUGUAAGUAAAUAUAGCGUUUUUUUCAUGUAGUGCAAGCUUAUAUCUCAAAAUAUGGAAAGUAUAUCAGGUAACAAGUUUGAAGGCAGAAAUAAUGUGAGUUAUGGUGGGAGUAAAGCUGUCUUGAACAGAGAAUCUGUGAACAUACAAUUACAAGCAAGGCCAAGGAGAACAAGACCAAAAGUCAAUAUCACUAUCUCGAAACAGUCAAAUAAUAUCACAAUGGAUUCUAUGCGUACACAUCAUCAAAUCAGAUUAGCAUGCCGUACUGGUAAAACUGGCAAAGAAGAAGAUGAAGUGUUUUUUACUGAUCGCAAGUAUUCACCAACAAUUCGAUUCAGUAAUUCUACACCUAUUUCAAUUCCUACAAUUUCUGACUCAUCUGAAGAUGUUUGUUAUCAGGUGCACUCUCAUACCAAUGGAGGAACUUAUAAGGCUGUAAGUCAAAACAGAAUAUUGAGCCAUGGACGUAAGCAAUCUGUCCGAUUUAUAAGUCCACAUUUCAG